AUGCGCCAGGAUGCUUCCUAUUUUGACGAUCCAAACCACAACACAGGAAAUUUGACAGCUCAUCUCGCUUCGGACACACCGAAUGUGCAAGCUGCGAUCGAUCAACGGCUCGCAGAGGUGUUGCAAGGUGUUUGUGCUUUGGUGGCUGGAAUUGUCGUUGCGUUUUCCUACGGCUGGAACGUCGCUCCCAUUGGCUUAGCCACUGCUCUUCUAUUAGUCUUCGCUCAAUCGUCUGUUGCUCAAUAUCUAAAGUUCAGAGGA